AUGGCGCAGGUCACUGAGCAGGGUGCUGCGGUGUUCUAUACUGACGGCUCUGUCGACCCCGACAGCGGGAAAAACGGGAGGACGGGCGCCCCCUUCGUCACGGGUGAACGGCAGCGGGCGUGGAGGACAUCAGACCACUGCUCCACCCUCCAAACAGAGCUUGUGGCAAUCCUGCACGCCCUCGAGCACGCACAGCACCGCCGAGAGGCCACCGUCGUGCUCCACACAGAUUCCCGGGGGGCCCUUCAGGCGCUAAAAGGGCACCCCAAGGACAACGUGGGCCUCAUCACCGCCAUUUUGGGCAUCCUGCAAAGCCUUGCAGCGCAAGGCAAGCGGGUUUGCCUCAACUGGAUCCCCAGCCAUGUGGGAGUCAGAGGGAACGACGCCGCCGACGAGGCCGCCAAGAGGGCAGCUCAAGGCUCCACUGUCACCAAGCCUGCAACAGGCUAA